AUGGUAGUAGAAAGAAUAGGAGCAGUUGCCUACAAGCUUCAAUUACUCGAAGAUGCAAGGAUUCACAAUGUCUUCCACAUUUCUCAAUUGAAGAAGAAAAUUGGAGACCAGAUUGCAACAACAAGGUGGCCUGCAUUCCUGAAUGAGACCCAAGAGAUGCAGAAAAUUCCAAUAACCAUCUUGGAUCGACAACUGGUGAAGAGAUUUAAUAAAGCUGGAGUCAAAAUACUAGUACAGUGGUCUAAUUCACCACCUGAGGAAGCUACUUGGGAGUUUCUUGAUGUGUUGCAGAGGCAGUUUCCAGAAUUUUGCUCUUAA